AUGCAGUUCGUCGUACUCGUCGCCUUGAUCGCUGUCGCCGCAGCCAAUUCCGACUAUCCCGGCUCAAGUUAUCCAGUUCCAUCUUACUAUAGGCCAUCGUAUUCACCUUCAACGUACGAGGUCAAGGAAUACCCCGCUCAGCCGUACUCUUUCAACUGGGCCGUCUACGAUGGUUACGGCAACGACUACGCCCACUCUGAGAGCAGCGACGGCAAGGUGACGACCGGUUCUUACCGCGUCCUCCUCCCCGAUGGUCGUGUUCAAAUCGUCACCUACAAAGCGGACAGCUACGGAUACACUGCUGAUGUCAAGUACGAAGGCGAAGCCAAGUACCCCGCUCCAUCCGCCUACUCCGCUCAGGCUUACUCCGCACCUGUAUUCACCUCUCAAGCUGUCACUGCUCCCGCUGCAUCAUCUCGUACUUACUCCGCACCAGUUGUUACCGGUCCUGUUGCUCCUGCUCGCGUUUUAACCACUUCAUCUGUUACCGCUCCGGUUGCUGACUCGCGAACUUAUUCCGCACCGGUCUUCACUUCUCCUGCGUCCUCAUCUACCGUAUUCACCUCGUCUUCAGUCGGCGGUCCUGCUGCAGCUUCUCGUACUUACUCCGCACCAGUUUUUACUUCUCCCGUAAUCAUUUCCGGUGAUGUCACGGCUCCUGCUGGCACUUCUCGCACCUACUCCGCCGCAGGUUCCUCCUCUACCGUUAUCACUUCUCCAGUUAUCACGGCUCCUGCCGGCCCCGCUACGUCAAGCACCGCCUUCGGAGCCGGCCAAGUCUACGGGACUUCCGCUAACGUUGCCCGCGAUUACUAAGUCCAACAAAUUCUGAAAUAGUGAUGUAA